UGCAGAAGAUAAGUUCUAGAGGAUCUGGCAACACUGACCGCGGAAAAGCAAAAGUGAAAACAAGCUGGUUGUGGAAAAAGUUUUAUAUAAGUUUAAAUGCAACAACAGUUUUUCGCAUUCAAACAGGCUCGUUUAACAAGUUGAGAGAUGGAGAAAUAUAGACCAAGGAUUUUUGGCUUGUUUCUGCUGAUAUUUGCUGAUUAUUACUUAACAAAAGUCUGUACCAAGGAUCAUAAUGGAGAGACCCUAGCAAGAGAAGAACUACUAAAAUAUGCCUGUAAUCUCACUCUUGAUCCAAACACGGCACAUGAAAUGCUCUCAGUUGCAGAGGACAACAAAACAUUGGUGCGUAACUCAGAGCCGAUGAUUUAUCCUGAUCACCCAGACAGAUUUACUGGCCUCCCGCAGAUUCUGUGUAAAGAGCGUCUGUCUGGACGCUGCUACUGGGAGGCAGAGUGGAAAGGACUUGGUGACAUGGUGGUGUCCUAUGGAGGAAUCAGCCGGAAAGGAGAAAGUCUUGAUUGUCGAUUCGGAGCCAAUGAAAAAUCCUGGAUUCUGAGCUGCUUUAUUGGAUGGAAACUGAUUGCCUGGCAUGAUAACAUGGGAGCUUAUAUUCCUCUCCCAACAACUCCUUAUAACAGAAUAGGGGUAUAUCUGGACGAGCCGGCUGGCAUUUUGUCCUUCUUCAGCGUCCCUGAUGAAAACACACUCAAUCACUUGUACACAUUCAACACCAAAUUUACUGAACCCCUCUAUGCAGGAUUUGUGCUUUAUACAGAGUCAGUGACUUUGUGUGAUCCUAACUCUUUCACAUGUACAAUCACACCCAUGUGAUUAAAAUGUUUAUACGUUUAAACCUUUACCUACUAAAAUUAAAAUCUCAUUUAAGCUGAGGCAUAGAAAGACAUGUGCAGUGCUGGUCACAAAUCACAAUUAAUCAGUGUUUUCAAACAUAUAACAUUUAUUUUAGGUUUCAGACACUCAAAUACACAUAACUACAAGCUAACAGUAACAUCUAUGGUUUGCAUAAUCAUUAAAUAAUCAUUAUUUUAAAUAUAACGGCACGAUGUGCUUUAUUCACGUUAGAGACAUGCUGUUUAUUUUACUCCAAUUUUUACUCUAUUUCUCUCCCAGUUAAACAGCCACAUUCAUAUGUUUCGGAGGAAAACUAUGAAUAAACAUGUUGUAAAUCCAGCAGCUCUAAUCUCUCCUGCAGCAUAGUCUAAACCAGGAGUGUCCAAAAUCGAUCCUGGAGGGUCGGUGUACUGCAGAUUUAAAGAGCCCAUAUUAUGGGUUUUUGAAAAUGCCCUUCCAUGUAGUGUGUAACACAGCUCUAAGUGAAGUGAAAUAUCCAGCUACGGCUUAAAUCUGUAAGUGUACAGUGUUUAAAACUAUUGAUUCAUCUAUAAAAGAGUCGACUCAUAGUGCUUCAAACGAGUCACCUUGAUAACGAGUCAUUAGGUGUUUCGCGAUGACGCAGCCACGAAACACAAGCCUCGCCAGUAGUUACGCGCGCAAACCAGGGAGAUUUGAAACCUGCGGCCCCGCCCACUAACACAGAAAAAACACUAGACACACACACACACAGACGCCGCCGGUCAAAUGAAGUCACGCUGUGCUCAGAUGGAUAAUAUUGACAGUCUCUACCCAAAGAUGAGUUGUUAACCUGGUACAGUACACGCGGUUACUCUUUAUAUUCUCUUAUCACAUGUAAGCCACGUUAAAAACGCGACGCGUGCCGCUUUGUUUACGGAUUUAACGUUAAAGGCUUUUGUGAGCUCGCGUUCCACUGCCGUUUGUCGUUGCUAUGGCGAUCGAUCGUAAGCUAGGAGACAGGAGACUCGUGUCACGUUCCCUAGUUCUUCUGAGGAGCGUUGUGUGUGUGUGAGAGAGAGAGAGAGAGAGAGAGAGACUCGCGUCGCUUUCCCUAGUUCUUCUGAGGAGCGUUGUGUGUGUGUGUGAGAGAGAGAGAGAGAGACUCGCGUCGCUUUCCCUAGUUUUUCUGAGGAGCGUUGUGUGUGUGUGUGUGUGUGUGUGUGUGUGUGUGUGUGUGUGUGUGUGUGUGAGAGAGAGAGAGAGAGAGAGAGAGAGAGAGAGAGAGAGAGAGAGAGAGAGAGAGAGAGAGAGAGAGAGAGACUCGCGUCGCUUUCCCUAGUUCUUCUGAGGAGCGUUGUGUGUGUGUGUGAGAGAGAGAGAGAGACUCGCGUCGCUUUCCCUAGUUUUUCUGAGGAGCGUUGUGUGUGUGUGUGUGAGAGAGAGAGAGAGAGAGAGAGAGAGAGAGAGAGAGAGAGAGACUCGCGUCGCUUUCCCUAGUUCUUCUGAGGAGCGUUGUGUGUGUGUGUGAGACAGAGAGAGGGAGAGAGAGAGACUCGCAUCGAUCUCCCCAGUUCUUCUGAGGAGGGUUGUGUGUGUGUGUGAAAAAAGCCUUACACUAUGAAGCGCGUGUGCACUGUGACUACUUUUAUAUAGUUGAUUACCAGCUGGGCAUUUCACUCUGUCUCGUGCUGAAGCCUGUCACUGUCGACCAAUCGCAGCAGGCUGUCAUCGGUCCAAUCAGCGCAGAUUAGCUUCGCGCUGAGGAGGGGGUUGGGAACAAAUGAAUCGCUGAACGAUUCAUAUGGGAGUCGUUGGGAUAAUUAGGUAAAAAUAAAUGCAGAUUAUAAGACCAUCAAAGUGUUUUAUGACCUUGCAUGCAUAUUAGACUGUUGUUGGAGACCCUUACAACCUAAAUAUGACCCUAUUUCAUGUAUAAUAUGGGCUCUUUAAGUAGAUUCUGGUGCCAUUGCAAAAUUUUUGUGGUUCACAAGUUUUGAUACAAUAAUAAAUUGCUAAUUCAUCAGUGCUGAUAUUUCUGAUGAACAGAUGGCUGUUAGUUUUCACUGAGUAUUUGUGUUUUAUGGUGCUAUUUUCAUAUCGUCCUCCUUCAUAUGUGCUGGCAAAAGUGCGUAAGAUCAACACUGGAGGAUCUAGAGAUUUCUGUCUGUACCAGAAAAUCUCCUUUAUAUCAAGAUAACAGGUUAAAAUCACAUCAUCUCCUAAUGUUACUGCUAUAUUUGUUAAACUCUCUGUGGCUUUAAACCACAUGAACAGACCUGUGAGAGAAAUAAAACACAUUUAUUGAGGUAUGAAAUUAAAACAAAACCCAUAUAAUCAAAUGUUUAUAAGAAACUCACAGAUUAGAAGCUUUGUGAUAUUCAUAGUCUGAUCCUCAUGAAUGUCUUUCAUCGAUAUAUUUUGAUAUAUAUGAUUA